AUGGAUUAAAAAACUAAAGUGGAAAGUGAUCUAUGUGACAAUUAGAAUAAGUAUUUUAAACAAAGUAAACCUUUGUUAUUGAGUUAAAUCAUCAAUAUUAGAUUAAACUAACCUCGGCCAGAAGAACGGAAACAUCAUUCGGAAGCAAUCAAAUUACAAGCAAGAGCAUUUGAUGUGAACAAAUGGUAGGAUAUGAUUGACAAAGAAGAAUUAUACUAGAUGUCAUUGACUGGCCAUUUAAUUAAAGCAAUUCAACUUCAAAAUGGUAACGCUACUUUGAACAACCUCAUUAAUGUAACAGAACCUUAUCUCCCUUUCUUAAGAAGACAAAAUGGUAAGAAUUUUACAGGCAUGGCUACAAGAACAGUAAAAGGAUGUCUUUCAGCAGUUGUUUUUAAAAGAAAUGAUGAAUCUAGUUGGUCUGUUGAUGAGACUAAGGUUGAAGAAUUUGUAAAUUUAGCUAAUAGGAAAUUAUCCUAAUUUUUUGAAAAGCUGAAGAAAAAUUUCCCUAUUUAUGAUAGUAUAAAAUAAGAAUCCAAUGGAAAAAAAUCAAAAAAGAAAAUAAAAACAGAUGCAAAAAGAGAUGAUGAUUAAUUCAAUAAUCAUUUCUAAUAGUUUUCAGAUUAAAAGUCUGAUAUGUAGGAUCAUAUUAAAAUUGAAAACAAUUUCUAAUCAUUUGAUUAAAAUGCUACCAAUAGAACCAAUUCAGAUUGGCUUUAUUAAAUCAGUGACAAUAUCUUCAAGAAUCUAUAUAACAUUCGAUCAGGUGAAAAAUUAGACGAUUAGUUUUUAGGAAACUUAAUAGCUUUUUAUAAUAUGAAAAGUUAGUUAGAGAGAAUGUAAGAAUGCUAAAGAUAUGUUGAUUGAUUUUAUAAUAUAAUAUAUCAAUUAUCAUGCUA